AUGUCAUCUAAUAAUAUGACUGAUGUCGGUGCAAUCUGGCGAGAUGCAAUUGGCCGAUACAAGGACAUAACUCAAGUUGAUCUCGGCUCCAUUGAAACAGCGAACAGUGUUGAAGAUGUUUUAAGCGAGAUAGACAUUCGCAAAGAAGAAUUCGAAAGAACUCGACAUGACGGCUCGAAAACUGACAGAUUCAGAAGCCUUGUCAGCCGAAGCCUAAAGUCCAUCGAAACGGUCAGCGAGAUUGUUGCUCAGGGAACAUCAAACACUGCAAGCUCUGUAUCAGCGGACUUUGAUAAGGUUGCUGAAUUCUUCGGUGAUGUUGAGUCGUAUCUCAACCGACUGAAGACGAUUGAGGAGAAAAUCCCUCCAGUACCUCAACUUGAAUUUGCUUUGACCGAGGUCCUGACAUCCGUGCUGAUUUUAUGUGGGAUUUGCGCGAAAUACACCAGAAAAAGGCGCUUCGCCAAAGCAUUGCGAAAUUUCGUGUCUGGAGAAGAUGUCGAGCUCGCUUCGGCUUACGAUAAGUUUCAUCAGAUGGUCAAGCGAGAACAAGAGCUGAUUGUAACUCUCACUUUCGUCAACAUGAGUGAAGCCCAUCGCUCUUUGAAACAGUCUGAGCGAGUAUACAAGCAGCUCGGGGAUAAGGAUUUCUUGGACGGCCUUUCAACCGAUACUUUCCUUGAUACACAGAAAGACAAGUUUGGCAAGCAUCACGAUGGAACUUGUCAAUGGGUUCUGAGCCACGAAACAUUCCGACGAUGGCUGAGCGGUACCGAGAACUCGACUCUUUGGUGUUUUGGAGAUCCUGGCAGUGGGAAGACCAUAUUAACGUCAAUAAUUAUUAAUGACGUCGAUGAAAAGACCCGUGGAACUGACACUGCUAUUGCAUUCAUGUACUGCAAUUACAAAGACACGAACACACAUUCUGAACUUGCUCUUCUAUCCAGCAUUGCACGACAACUGACUGCACAAAUCGAACACAUACCCGCCGUGGUUAGAGAUUUCCGCGAUCAAAACGCCAUGAGGAAAAGAGAUCCGACGGGUGAUGAAUGGGUUGCACUUAUUAAAUCCCUUGGUCAUUUCUUCUGCAAAAUGAUCGUUAUUGUUGAUGCGCUGGAUGAGUGCCCGGAAUAUAAUAGAGAUGAAUUCUUUCGCUUCAUAAAAAUGCUGGAUACGAGCAUUCGCUUCAUGUUCACAUCUCGCCCCCAUAUUAGCCUCCCUGUGGAAUUUUCUGGGUUUCAGCGGAUUUCCAUCUCCGCGAAGUCAUCUGAUUUGCAAAUUUUCCUUGACGCCGAGAUUUCGAAAAGAAAAAGUUUCCAGAACUUUGUCAUUCGAAACAACGCUACCGUGCAAGCCGAGAUUGUCGAAGAAAUCAUUGCCAAAUCCAAGGGAAUGUUCCUACUCGCCUACCAUCACGUCGAAAAGGUAUGCCAACAACUGCAUAUAUCGGGUGUGCGAAAGACUCUAAGUAGUUUGCCCGAUAAUGUUUUUGACUAUUAUCAUGAGGCCAUGGAGAGAAUCGAGCAGCAAGAAACAGUCCGCUGUAAACUUGCCAAGGACGCACUUUCUUUCAUCUCUCAUGCACAAAGACCUCUUCACGUAAAAGAGCUCUGCCAUGCCUUGGGAGUGUGGGCGAAUGAUACCAGUUUUGAAGAGAGCCAAUGCGUGGAUGACAACCUUCUUAUUAGUAUUUGUACUGGGCUGGUCAAAAUUGAUGAAACGAGAGAUGUUGUAGGGCUUGUUCAUCAAACCCUACAACAGUACUUCGAAACGUUCCCCGACCGGCUUUCCGAAGAUCCUGACUCUAAAAUCGCGGAAGCAUGCCUCAUUUACCUUUCUUUUGAUGUCUUUGGUAGCGGACCAUGUGCAGACGGCAAAGCGCUUCAAAAGCGACUGGAACGUCACAAAUUCUUUCCAUACGCGGCCCAAUACUGGGGUUAUCAUGUGCGAAAUUCUCGCAGUGACUACACGAAACUGAUUUUCAAGUACCUCAAUGACAACAAUAAGCUUUUGUCCGCCGUUCAAGUUCUAUACGCGACCUCGCCUCGGAUCAAAGACUGGUUCGAUCGGUACCCAAAACAAAUUGGUCCUUUACACAUCGCAGCAUGGUGGGGUCUUACGCGAAUCAUUCAGAUUUUGUUAAGCGAGGGUGUUGAUAAUACCAUACGCAACAGUCGCGGUGAAACUCCUUUUUUUGUUGCGGCCCAGAACAAUCAGAUGGAUGCUGUCGAGCUAUUUCUUGAUAAUGGAAAUGACAUCAACGAGCAAAAUUUCACAGGAGAAACAGCUCUUUUGUGGGCUGCCAAAAACGGGAGCAAAGAUUUAGUCAAUGUCCUCCUCUUGCGUGGUGCCGAGCCCAUAACGGACCAUGAAGGGUGGUCUGCAAUUAAUUGGGCUGUCAUUGGUGGAAAAUGCGAAGUGCUGGAGUUAUUGCUCGCGAAAGAAGUCUGUGCUAGCAUCAGUAUAGAUACCAAAAACCAAGCGCUUUUUUUGGCAGCGGAAGAGGGUCACAAAGAAAUGGUGGAGAUGCUUCUUGCAAGUGGUGCCAAUAUCAACGCAAAAGACAGCAAUGGAAGCACGGCAUUAGACUUUGCCGUGGCAGCAGCUCAUGCAGCCACUGUUGAGUUGCUUGUGUCCAAAAACGCGAACGUCAAUUCUGCCGAUUCGGGUGGCAACAUUGCGCUUCACUGGGCUAUUGCACAAGGGCCGAUUGCUCGAUUAUUGCUGAAAUACGGCGCUUUGGUAAAUACCAAAAAUUGUGCUGGACAAACUGCUCUCUUUUGGACUGCGCAAGAGAGCUCAGCGGAGGUAGCAAGAUUGUUGCUUGAAAAUGGAGCUGAUCCCGAUCUCACAGACAAUAAUGGCGCCACUGCGUUACAUAUCGCGGCUCUACAAGGACAUGAGCAGGUAGCUGCUCUACUGUUGCAAAAGGGAGCCAAAACAAGUAUUCAGGACAAAGAUGGGUGGACUCCUUUGUAUGGUGCUGCUGUCCAAGAGCAUGCGACGAUGGUUCGUCUCUUGUUGAAAAAGUCCGGUGACAGCAAGAAGACGUUGGACUUGGUGUCCAAUACAAUGGGAAAUCGUGGGAAGCGAACGCUUUUGAAAAGAAUUGCUGAAGGCAAAAGACAAGGAAGCACUAUGGCAACUGGCUUGCGUGUAGCGGCACAGGAAGCCCAGCUUGGUAGGCUACGCAUAAUGCUCGAAAAAGGAGCAGAUAUCAAUGGGAAGGACCCUGCUGGAUAUACAGCACUCGAGUUAGCGGCCUUUCUGGGGCAUAAGCAGGUCGCACAGCUUCUGUUGGAAUAUGGAGCCAAUGUGAACUUGCGAGGCUCUCUCAACAGCCCCCCAUUGCAUCAUGCUAUCGAACAAAGCAAUGAAACAAUCGUACCGUUAUUAGUCGAAUAUGGCGCGGACGUUAAUGCUGAAACGUACGGGAUGACCCCAUUACUGCUUGCUGCGAAGAUUGGGAACCUGUCAAUCAACUUGUGUCUACUGGAGGCAAAGGCCGAUGUCAAUGCACGGGAUUGUCUUGGGCAAACACCCUUACACCUAGCCGUCUUAAACGAAAGAACACAGGUUGCACGGAUGUUGCUUGAUGCAGGAGCAGCGUCAGAUAUUUCAGAUGAUCAGGGUGCAACGGCCUUCAUGCUUGCGGUGGACAAGAUGGGAGAGAGUAAGGCGGCCUUGCUCUUCAGAGAUUCCGAUGUUGAAGCAGAUAACACGACGAUGACUCGUUCUUCGUGGCUGUUUUUCUAA